AUGGCAGCCAGCAGCAGUCAUGUUGCCCAGAACGAAAAGAAAAACAUCAACGGCAGGAACAAGGUAGAAAGCGUCGCCGCAGUUACCCUGGCAGAUGGCGUGUACGGCGCUGAACGCUCGCCAGGCAGCGGCAUAAUCACACAACUAAGCCCCGCGCAUACGCGUCUACCCAGCUUUCAAGACUUGGUAGACAGGUUCAAAGCUGUUGUGCCACGCGCGCUCGCCUCAUCUGCCCCAUACAGCAAUGUUCUUGCGUGCUUGGUCGGAUGGGAGGCGAGGACGGGCGAGACGGCGGUGAGGCAGGAACUUGGAGAAGUCUUGCAGACAAAGUAUGGGUACGACGUACGCGAGAUCAGCUUACCGAGUACAGAUGCCGCGGCGGCAGAGUUUCAGUAUGGAGUGUAUGAACACAUUCGAGAUAUCAAUGGAAGGCAGGGGCCCAAUAGCGAUAGCCUUUUUAUCCUCUACUAUGGCGGCCCAUCGGGGUACAGGAAAAAGGACAGGAAGGGCUUGUGGAUGGAUAAGGAUGAAAAAGGGUUUGCAGGCAUCGAGUGGGAAAAGGUUAUGAACCGCAUUCGGCUGGUGACGUGCGAUGUGCUGCUUGUGUUGGACUGCGAUUUCGCAUCGCAGGUUGUGGAUCGGGACAUCGAGUGGCAUGGACGCUGCGAGGUGCUUUGUGGUAAUGGAAGGACCGGCUUCACCAGAGAUUUGACGGCAGUGCUAGCAAAGUCAGCCGAUGAUUCCAAUAUCUCCGCAAUGCAGCUGGCAUGGACUAAACCGUCUACAUCUGGCGCUGAAGAAGUCAGUAUUGGGCAUUGGCAGAGCCUGACGACGAAUGGAGGUUUGCAGGCUGGCAUCUCAAUACGACCUAUAUCUAACCAAAACGGAGAGACGCGCUUCCCGGAAAGCACUUCCAUGUUGUCUCCCACCAAUACCUUAGACUCGCUUGGAGAAAGUUCUGGAGGUAUUGCUCUCGUCAGCAUACAGUUCGCCAACACGGCCAAGAGACCGGUGAUGCAAGAAUGGAUAGAAUGGGGAAAACGGCGAGAAGAGAAUAAAAAGGCAUCUGGGGCUUCAAUUCUUGACAUGAAGCUGCGAGAGCUGGUCAAGUGCCAUGAUCUCUUCGAUGGCACACCGGCAGUGGGUAUCGUAUCCAUGCCAGUAUGGCUGUGGAGCUGCUUAGGUCGACAUCCUGCCUGGAAAUUAAUUUCCAUCAUCCCAUCAGAUGCCAGUCUCGUCCCGGGACAUUCGCAGGUCCAUCCUCAAUCGAGGCAGUCCGGGCCAUCAACACCCCUCGACGAUCCUCCGAAAUACUCGGAGCACGAUAAGUCGAAACAACAGCAGACCCCGGGAACCAGGGAUCCUCGAAACGACGAAAAAAUCGAAAUGAUCAAGGUGCGAACAGACAGCAACCUCCAACGCCAAUUCGGCUCAGUCCUGGCUGCUGCGCAGGCCCGCUAUGCUGAAUCAACAGGCCUAGAUAUGAAAGACUUUAUGCAACCGCCACUGAGAACCGUCGAGGACCUUCUUACCGUCGUCAACAGACAAAAUGAGCGCUUCGAUAAUUUUCGAGAAAAACGAAAGUCAUUAUUCGAGGCCAUGUCCUUGGCUUGCAAACCACUCGAGGUCGUGGGCGACGCGUUGGCUGGGGCGGCCAGCGAAGUAUUCCCUCCGUCGCAAAACAUCUUUGCCGCCAUCACGUACCUGAUCAGCGCAGCCAAGGACGUCUCUGCGGUAUACGAUUCUAUCGAGGAGCUUUUUGGACAGCUAUCAGACUUCACUUCGAGGCUCAAGUUUUACAUAUCCGAGAAGCUGUCCCCAGAAUUGCACGACAAGGUUGUUGAGAUCCUGGCCACAGUCUUUGAGUGUCUCGUAUUGGCAACCAAAGAAGUCGAGCGCGGCCGAUUGAAGUCCUAUUUCCGACGCAUUUUCGGUCAGGGCUCGCCGAUCCCCGAUGUUAUAAAACGACUUUCAGUUCUCACAGAUGCAGAGAAUAGACUCGUCAACGCAGAGACCAACGCCGUUGUGAAACGAUCUCUAUCCAAUCAGGACCGCCUCCUUGAGAUAAUCUCUCGCGUGGAUGUCAAUGUGCAGACCAUUCGGACGGAAAGCCGCGAGCCCCAGACCAAGGAACAGGCUUUAUCUUCCAACAGGAGCAAGCUCAAAACAAUCCUUCGUCCGUCCACGUAUGCAGAGGAUACGUACCUUGCGCUCAACCGUACCCGGACUCCGGGGACGGGCAACUGGAUCGUUGAGGAUCCAUCGAUGAAGGCAUGGAUCGCGGGUGACGUCCGAUUCCUUUGGAUCUGCGGCAACCCCGGCACAGGCAAGUCGUACCUAACAUCUCGCUUGGUCUCAUGGGGUUUGAGACUGCUUGAGGAACAAGAGACGACGCACAUGCUUGGAUAUUUCUUCUUCAAGCACAACAAUCCCGAGACGCGGUCCGUGGUCCAGGCCCUCCAUGACAUGGCCUUCCAGAUAUCUGAACAGGACGUCUUUUAUGGAAAGCAGGUCCUAAACGGAGUAACCAAUGGCGGCGAGGAGAUCAAGACGGUUUCGAGUUCAUUUCGCCAUCUGCUAGUCGAGCCGCUUGUUCCGGAUCAGUGGAAGAGAAAUGUCUACAUUCUGCUCGAUGGCCUUGAUGAGGCAGACCCAGUGCAACUGGCUGAGUUCCUUUCUCUGUUGGACGAACUGAGCCGACAGCCUGCCAACGGCACACGUGUCCAGAUCGCCAUGGUUGGGCGAACAUCGUUGUCGGACACAAUCAACUCCUACCUUGAGGUAGGCUUGCGCACUCUGCACAUCACGCCGGAGCGCAGCAGGGUGGACAUCACUCAAUACAUUAAACAAGGUGUCAACUCGACACGGGUACUACGAGGGACGACACCCGAGUUCAAACAGCAGGUUGUCGACACGAUGCUGGCGCAGGUUGACGGUCUUUUUGUGCUGGCCAAGUUCAUGCUCGCCGAGCUGGCACGCGCUCGACAUCCACGACGUGUCAUAGAAGCGCUGCAGUCGUAUCCGAAGGAGAUUAAUGGAAUGCUGACCAAAACGGUUUUGGACUUUUCGGCAUCAAUCACACAAGAAGAGGCCAAUGACCUCAAUGAGAUCUUGUGCUGGGUCUGUGUGGCACAGAUGGGUCUUACUCUCGAGCAGAUCGAAUCCAUCCUAACCCUAAAGGUUGGCGAUUCGCCUUUCCGACUCGAGGAGAUGCUGCGCAGCCAGUUUUCGGCAUUCUUUACACUGGAACGGCCGGACGGCCUGACAACCGCGGAUCUUGCCGAUCGUGCCUACAUCGCCAUCCGCCAACAGACAUUCACGGGCAAUGUUCGCUCGCCUGACUUGCCAGAGAACGACGCGGACAGAGAAAUAGAGUUUUCAUCCAACCGCCGUACCACGACUGUCACCUUCUCACACGCUUCUGUGCGCGACUUCUUUCGCGACGAGGCUUCCACUUCCCUGCGCGCAAGCAAGGAUGCUCCCGCAAUUGGGUUCAGACUCAUCGAUGCGCGGCUGCACGUAUUGAGGACCUGCAUGCGAAUAUUUACGGACCCCGAAUUCUUCACCGUCAGCAUCGGCGCCAUCAACGACGAGGGCCUUUCCCUGCAACGCUAUGCGGCAUGGUACUGGCAGGAACACCUCGAGGACCUUGACCGCGACGCCCUCCCAGAAGAGAUCAAGGCGGACAUUGGAAGGGAACUGGUAACCAUGCUGACGGAUGAUAUUGUGCUUCUGGCCUGGACGAACCUGUUCGAGGAGUCGCUCGACAUCUGGACAGACGGCAAUAUUGCCUGUGUGCAGUCCUGGCUUGCAGACCCAGAUGUCACAUCCCAGCUCAGCGCCGAGGACAAAGCGUGGGCGGAAGCGGCCUCGAAGAGUCAAGUCGUCAUGCUUGAACCGAUGGGCACUGUAUUUGCACGAGCAUGGGUUGAAGAGGGCUUCGUGACCUACAUGCCAACGCUUUUCUGUUUCGGUGUCGUUCAGGUGCUUGCCCUUAUGUCAGAAGAUCCAGUCUCGUCGCUCUGGUCCGAUUCGGAGCGCCAUUGGGGGGACAUCAGUUUUGAAAUACGCGUGCAAAAGGCGGCAGAGUGGGCAAAGGCACACAUAUCUGCUGGGAGCGACACGGGCCACUGGUACCGCCGAAUCGGGUCCACGCUGCUCAACGCGGGCCUGCACAACCACGCCCUGCAGUACUUCCAAACUGCAUUGUCCGUCGACGACGACCUUGGUGAGAGCUGUGGGCGUAUUGGGCUGUGCCAUUCCAUGUCGGGCGAUUACGCGCGGGCUCUUCGGCUGCAUCUGAUCGCCGAGGCCGUCGAGGUCCAGAACCUGUCCCAGGCAUUGCACAUCGAUUUGACGGAUCCGGACUCCAUGACCCCUUCGGCUUCAUUUUCCAAGACUUCUUCAGCCGCACACAGUUUUACCAUGACGCCGGCGUCCUCUUUCUCAUCUGCCACUACCGCCUCAACCACCUCGACAGUGCUAGCGACCCGUCGUACAAGACGCCACGUCGAGUCCGCAAAGUGGCGCCUAUACCAGAGCCUGAGACAGAUUGCCGAAUGCUACAACAGGCUGGGAGAUGUGGAGAACGCACUGAGCAAUGCCAGGCGAGCGAUGUCGGACCUCUUCAGAGACAAUAGGCCUCCCUUUGAGCCCGAGGCAGCAUAUGCCUCCAUCCUGGCCUCUCACUCCAAGCUAGACGCGCUACUGACGCUAGCCCGUGAGCUGGAUGCCAGAUACACAACACGAGACGGUGGAGACAGCCGUUUCGUGUCGUUCCUCCUCUCUCAGGUCCCCGACGGCGUCAUCAGCCUCUGGCUGCCCGAAGCCGCAGCCCGCAGGGAUGACACAGCCGCCAUGGCGGAGCGAUACGAGCGAGCUGUGGCAGCGGCACGUGACGCCCAGGACCCCUGGCGGGAACUUUACCUCCUUAACUGUCUCGGGCGUGUGUACCUCUGCUCUCCCGCGAUGGUAGGCGAGGCCAUCGCGCUGCACGAGACGGCUCUUUUUUCGCCGGCCUUCAAGCCCCAACGCGGCAGCAUGGCGGUGCGGGCCGAGCACGUCGCGGCGUUUGCACAGCUCGCCAGGGCCUACUUUGCGCGCGCCCUGGCCACGGACCCAUCCCUCACCAGCUGGGCCGCCGUGUCGCCCUGGAUCGGCAAGCUCGGGGUCCUGAUGGCGAAGCGAAACGGCUUGUUCCGUGACUCGUCGGACGGCGCCAGGAUGCGGGCCGCCGGGCUCGAGUUCAACGAGGCGGCCGUCUACCUGAUGGUGCUUUACAGGGUGCAGGGCCACUCCAAGAACCUAAGCGAGGAUCGCGAGAGGUGGCUGUCCAAGAUGCGGAGGUUGGCUGCAUUGAGGGUCAUGGAGAGUCUGGAGCUGCUAGAGGACGACGAGCCGCAGAACGAUGCGGUUGCUGUCAGGAACCUGCAGCGGACGUUGCUCGCGGCCGGGGAUGACACUAACGCGAGGGCGUUGUGGGUAUCGUCAAGGAGGCCCACCACCGUCAGUGCUGACAGGAAGAACGCCAGCAGCGUCAAGAAGGCUGCGGGAGCGCUGAGUCCAACCCUAGGCGGCAGCAAGGGUAAGGCCACCCCGCCUGUCGGACCAAGCGUCGUUAUUGCGCGUCCGGACGCGCCGAGGAAAGACAGCCCAGGAGGGGGCUCGUCGCGUCUCGCUGCCGGGGUCUCACCCCACCGCCGAUCCUCUGCCGCCUCACCCCAUCGACAUAACUCGGGAUCCGGCUCGCCCCGCACGAGUCCCUCGAUGUCACCCUCGCCGAGGAGAAAAGGGAGAGACUUGGUACUACCGUUCGUCUUCGACCCCGCUUCGAUGCUAACGGACGAUGACGACGACAGCGGAGGCCAAUACAGCUUCCCAAGCACCGGUAGCUACGGGGGCGUGGCUGGAGCAAACCCUGUAUGCGACUUUUGUCUACGCAGGCUGGAGCCGGCCGAGGAGCUGUUUGUGUGCAAGGUCUGCCUCGACUGCAAGUUCUGCGCGCCCUGCCUCAGGCUCGUCAAGGGCGGGACCAGGGGCAAGGGCUCGUGUGUGUGCAGUGCCGAGCACGCGUGGCUCACCGUGCCGCCUCUGGAGCGGGAACUCAAGGCCGGGGAGAUUCUCGUCGGCGGUGGUGUUGGUGACUCGGCGACGACGGUGAUGAAGCUGGAAGAGUGGAAGGCCGGCUUGAGGCUGAAGUGGGUCGUCGCCAGGGGACGCAGCAGCGGCGCCAACAGUCGGGCGAUGAGUGCUACCAGCGGUGGGAGUGAAAGGGGUCACAGUCGCGUGCCGAGCGGCGAUAGCCAGAGCGGAAAGGAGGCGAAGAGGACUUCUGGUUUGGGGAUUUCUGGAUUUGUGGAGUGA